AUGGGGCAGAUGGUGAGUUCCAGAUAUGGUGUUCCACCACGAUGGGCUGACUUUGGGAUAGAUAAAGUCAUCGAAUUCGCCAGAUGGUUAACCGACAUUAACGCCAGGGCUCGGCAAAAGGAGGCGUACAGUGGAAGAGUAGACAACACUGGCCUCUGGCUCCUUCAAUUGCACAAGUUCAGGAAAUGGGAAGAAAGCAAUGGCGGUGUUCUGUGGGGCAAAGGUAUUCCUGGGGCAGGAAAGACUACGUUGCUGUCAAUCGACCAAUUUACCCUCCGCGAUAUCGUAGCUUCCUUGCUUGAACAGUUGCUUAUCGGGCACACCGAAGUCGUCUUUCCUAUAAUCGUCGAGCUUUACGAGGAACACAGGAAGCAUAGAACCGAACCAUCGGAAGCCGAGCUUACACAAUGCCUUCAGCGAGCGUUAGCCCACUUCCCUCGAGCCUUCGUCGCCUUGGAUGCCUUGGACGAGCUCCCUGAGCCCACACAGACGUCAGUCAUCAAGGUCUUGCUACCUUGCUUGGGAUGCAACGUCUUCGUUACUUCAAGGCCCCUUGCUCAUAUGGAGGCUAUGGCUCACCAGAAAACUGUCUUUGUCGACAUUCGCGCUAACUACGAAGACGUUCGAACGUUUAUUUGUCACAGCGUGGAACAUGAUUCGCGGCUGGGCAAAGUGCUCGAGAACAGGAAAGACGUCUUCGAAGAGCUUGUCACUGCCGUACAGCUUUCAUCAGAUGGGAUGUUCCUGCUUGCGGCCUUGUACAUGGGGAAGGGCCACUUGGGAGGGACGAAAAAGGUCUCAAGUCUUAAGCAGAAGCUACAAUGCCUUCCUUCAGACCUCGACAAUACGUACCGCGGUAUAUGGAGGCAAAUCUGCGGCCAGAAAGCAGAAGAUGUGGCCGAUGCGAAGCGAAUUCUCUCCUGGGUUAUGUACGCCAAGGAGCCCAUGACUGUUGCGAUGCUGCAACAUGCACUCGCCGUUGACGAAGAGGGACGAUUCGACCCGGACGAUGUACUGGGAGAAGAGUCGUUAAUUGAUGUCUGCUGUAACCUUGUCACAGCUGAUAAAGCGUCGAAGACUGUUCAAUUGAUUCACCAUACGGCCAGGGAGUUCCUCGAGAAAUUGAUUCCCCAGCCCGAGUUCGGCAUCCACCCGCAUUCCCUCAUUGCCUCUAGCUGCGUGGGCUAUCUCUCGUACGCCGGUUUUGAGUCCCUCCAAUUCGAGUCUUACCAGCCACACAAACGGAAACAGCACCAUCCAACUUCUGCUUCGACCAUUCGGUGCACGGGGGACCUUGAAGCUAUUGGGGCCAUCACGCUCGGGACUGUGCCACAGAGAUUCCAAACCAACGUCCUCCAAUUUCUCCUUCGGCAGACUCGAUAUCCACUGGAGACCCAUGCACAUUACAGCAUAGACGAGACAUGUCCCCCGUGCGACCUUGGGUCUCCAUCCCACAUUGCUGCUUUCUACGGCCUUUACAACAUCUUACACUCAUCCUCAAUCAACUUCGAUGACACCACUUCGCAUUCCCAGCAAUCGCAUUUGCACCUUGCGGCAGGGAACGGCCAUCAUGCCUUUGUUGAGCAGCUUCUCCGGUCGCCGACACGCGAUGUGAAUGUCCAAGAUAGCGAGCAGAAGACAGCACUGGGAAGGGCCUCGGGGAGUGGACAUGCGCUAAUCGUCAAGGCGCUCCUGGAGCAUCCCAAUGUCGAUCCGAAUUUGACUGAUCGGUACGACCGAACCCCGUUGGGGAGGGCAUCGGCGUGGGGACGCGUCGAUUGCAUGCAGCUCCUCCUUCAGCACCCCAACGUUGAUGUUAACCAUCAAGAUGACCGGGGGUGGACACCUUUGUUUCACGCCGCACGCUGGGGUCGAUACGAAGCGAUGAAACUCAUUCUGGCUAAUCCAGCGACGGAACCGGACAUCGUAUCGACGUGGAAGGAGACGCCCCUGAUAUUGGCGUCUUCAUUCGGACACAAGGACAUAGUCCACCUGCUGCUCUCUUAUCGCCUACCUCUUGAUGAAGGGAACUCACCUGAGUGCUCCCCAUCGUACUACUGGCGGGACAACGUCAAUGCAACCAGCAACCGUAAACUCACGGCGUUGAUGAAAGCGGCGUCUCAAGGACGAUCACCCAACGACAAUAUGGAACGCAGAGGUAGCAUGGCCCAGGAGCUACGCGCCCACUCGUAUGCCGCGAUUACUCGAAUGCUCCUCGAUCUCUGCCCUAACCUAGACCUCAAUGCCGCCGAUCGAAAAGGGAGAACGGCGGCGAUGAAAGCGGCGGAGUGGGGUCACGACGAGGUUCUGGAGGCUCUUGUUAGGGAUCCUCGGAUAGACCUUAACAAACUGGACGAACAGGGCCUGAGUGCCUUGAUCAAGGCUGCUACCCGAGGACGGACUCGAUGUGUUGAACUAUUACUCGCAGGUCACGCAUCACAGGCCCAGCAGUCGAUAUCCAACGGAUCAGUUGUAGAUACAUGCAGCAGAGGGCACUUUGGAUGCAUUGAUAGGGACGUAGAGGCUCAAGAAAGUCCAGACCGAACUGAACUAUGUCACUACGAGAAGGCGUUACAGGAGGCGCAAUCUCAUGGUCAUGAAGAAGUGAUCAAGUUGUUUGGUAUCUGGCGCGUUCGGGAUAACGUAUCUCAAUAUAAUUAA